AUGUCACCAAGUCGUCUACUAAUAUCAAGUCGACCAGAAGUCAUCAAUCAAAUUCAAGGUGUUGAACAAGCUUUCCUUCGACAUUAUGAACAUAUCUACAAUCUGCUAAAGUCUUCUGAUACUCAUGACUCAAUACGUGAAUUGGUAAGUAGCAUGUAGUUACUGUACUAUAAAUGGCAAGUAUAAUAAAAACUUGCUAUAUCAUAAUAGAAAACUUUGCUUUCGUAUGACAUUAUUAGUUGCCGACAUAAAGAACCCGCCAUACUUUUUCUGCAAUUUUCUGUAAAUAUGGCAAGUUCUUUAUGUCGGCACCUAAUGUAGAAGAUACUGUACUCUACUGUAUAUAGUAGGUACUAUAGUAUAAUCAAAACUUGAGUUUAUACUUGUAUGACACUGAGGGUCGGCCUUUUGGUACCUGUGCCGAUUUUUUUGCGAAAAAUUUUUUUGAAAAGCCCGCAGGUGCGACCAAGUUCAACUUUCUUUGAAAACCUGGCCCUGAUGACACUGUAGAGUAUUCUUACUUAUAAAUACUAUAGUGUAUUAUACAUACCUUUGCAGAAGUCCCAAUUUGAUCUCCACCAUCUAUACGAUGAUCUACAGUCAACCGAAGAUUCCACAAAACCUUAUGCUUUUAUGAUUACCGUAGCUCAGUUUGGGCUCUACGAAAUAUUAUUAAAACUUCAAGAACUAGUUGAUUUGGCACUACUAGAAGAUUAUUUUGAUCGGGUUGCCAAAAAAUUAAAAUUUUAUAGUUAUAGCUACAAAGAUUACCACUUUAUAUCAAGUGAAUCUAGUGGUGAAGUGGUGCAAUUUCAUUUACGGUUAAUACUGUGCAAAUUGAAAUUGGAAAAAACCUUGGAUUUUUGUAGAAAGAAUGACAUUUUAGACGAAAUGCAAGUGGAAAAUGUUAAUGUAAGUUAAUAUAUUGAUUAUUUUUUUAAAAGCACAUUCUUUAUCAGUAAACUUUUAUAAAGGCUUUAAAAACUCUUUAAGCUUACAUUUUUAAAUUCAAACAAAAUUUCCAGACUGCAACUACCAAGCAAUCAAAGACCACUACCCUUUUAUCACUUUUCUCUAACCGCUCUCUCGUUUUCUGUGAUAUUCUCGCAAAAACCGGUCAAUUUGAACUGUUUGCUUUUGUCGCUGGUUCACUGUCAAUAUCUGACAUUAAACUCAUCGAAAACAACUUAAAUACACAAAAGGAGCAGUUGGUACAAUAUUGGACACAAAAUGAGAAUAUAGCACCGUACUCACACUUGGAACCGUGCUUUUCUGGUGCGAAUGAGUAUUUGAAUAUAAAUAUUGAACAAGCUGAUGCUGCUACAAUACGGGAUUACCGGAACAACAAAAAUUGUGUAAGUUGGGUAUAAAAUACGGUGAGGUAGGUUAAGGUUGGGUAGGUAAGUGUAGGAUUAAACAGGGUAUAGUAGAGUAAGGUAGGUCAGGGUAGACAUGAGGAAGGGGUCGGGCCUGAAUGUUAGGCCCAGCUCGAUGAAAAUUUUGUUCAGGUCUAGCCCGGUUUGGCCUGAAUUUUUUUUACGUGGAGGGCCGGGCCGACCUGGGCCUUGGUUUCAGGUCCGGCUUGUUCAUGUCUAGGGUAGGGUAGGGUAAGGUAGGGUAGGGUAGGGUAGGGCACUUUAUUUUAUUUUUUUUAUUGAUUUUUGUAUUUUAGGUUUACAAAAAUUUUUCUUCGCCCAAAGGCCUAUGUUUGAUCAUAAACAAUGAGAAAUUCAAUAUUCAUUCUUCACGAACGGGUACUGAAGUUGAUGAGAAAAUGAUAACUAAUUUAUUUGCAAAAAUGGGUUAUCAAGUCGAAUCUUACCGUAAUCUUACGGCUUCUGUAAGUUUUUUUUAAAAUUUACUUUAUAGUAUUAGGUGUCGACAUAAAGAACCCGCCAUAUUUUGUCUGUAAUUUCCUGUAAAAAAUGGCGGGUUCUUUAAGUCGGCCCCUGAUAUUUUAAAAAUUUUUCAGAAGUACCUUAAAGAUUUUCAAUAAUUGUGUUAAAUACUAUAAUUUUCAGCAAAUGAUAACAGCAGCCAGAGAAUUCUCUCAACGCCCAGAACACGCAUAUGCUCAUAGUACAGUGGUCGUAGUGAUGACGCACGGUGAAUAUGAUCAAUUGAUUGGUACUGAUGGAGAAAUAAUCAGAUUGCAAGAGGAAUUUUUAUAUUACUUUACAUCUUAUAUGGCACCAAAUUUGGCUGGAAAGCCUAAAUUGUUCUUUCUUCAGGCUUGUCGCGGCCGUAAGUUGUUGAAAACUUGAUUUUUGGGUUUGGAAAUCCACGCGGGUUCGAAUCCGGUCAGGUGUUGUGGGACAUUUUUGGUCAUAUGUUAUUAGUUAGUUAAUGAAAAUUUAAAUAAUAUAUAAUUUUUGAAAGGAAUUUUUAAGUAUUUUCAAAUAAUAAAAGCAAAAAAAAAUUUGGAAAGAAAGUUUUUGCGUUUUACUUUAAAAUACUUUCAGACACUAACGAUCCAGGGCACCGAGUGUCAAUUCCGGUCGAUUAUCAAGACGGUAAAUCAAAGAUACGAACAAAAACCGAUGGCUUCAUAUCAUCCUUAGCCAAAACAUUAUCUUUUCGUUCAUCAACUCCAACUAGUCCAACCACUGAGCCAAUGUCAAUGAAAUUACCCCCAAACUUGAUCAAUGUAAAAAAAUCUACAGUGACCGCGAGUAAAACCACCGUAACAAGUAGUAGAGUAGUUAUUACGACUGGUCGACCUGAAAUUCAAGUUGUGCGAAAAGUGGAAGACAAUGUGUAUGGUACUGCAACGUUUGUGGCCAAGGAGCCUUCUAUGGCGGACUUUUUGGUAGCCUACUCUACAGUACCUGGGUUUGUAUCGUGGAGGAAUUCGGUCAAUGGCAGUUGGUUUAUUCAGUCGAUUUGCGAGGUUUUCAGCAAAGAGGCGGCUCAUUGUGACAUUUUGGAGUUGUUGACUAAGGUGGGUUACUGUAACAUUUUUUUGGAAAUUUUAAAAUUUGAAAAAAUUAAAAUUUAAAAAUUGAAAUUCAAAAAAAUUGAAAAUAUUAAUUUUUAAACUUCAGGUAAACCGUCGAGUAGCAAAAGUAUAUGAAACGACGGGUGAAUGUUCAGGUAACAAACAGAUUCCGGAAUUCUGUAGCCGGCUACAAAGAAAAUUCUAUUUUUACCCUGGAGUUACUUCGAAUGAAUAGGAAAUGUACAAAAGUGUAAAAUUUACAUAGUAAAUUGUAAAAUAAAUAUUGAAAAUACAGUAAUAGUGAAUAAAAUUACAGUAAUAAAUACUUUUAAACAUAAUUUUUAUUUUUUAAAUUUUUUUAAAUUAAGAUUUUUGAAAUUCAAAAAAAAAUAAAAAAAAAGUCAUUUUUCUACUUUAAUUUUUACCGACCGGUCGAUAUGAGCCAACUUCAUCCUCCGACAUCGUCCAAAACUUCUGAAGCUGAAAUUCUGGUGAAACCAAUAUCUGUAAUCAAUAUUGGCUGUCAGUCGACUCUUACCAAAUGUCCUCAUUGUAAGAAAAAUGUCAAAACUCGAGUUGUCUACAAGAUUGGUCAAAAAACAUGGUGGUUUUGUCUUUUACUGGCUGUUUUUACAAUAUGUCUAUUGUGGUUUGUGGUAUUUUUUAUCAACAGCUUCAAGGUGAGGUUACUGUAUUUCAUUUUUAUAAAGUAUGACAGUGUUUUUUAUAGAUUGAAAUGUAAAAUUACUUAUAGGAUAGAGCAGAAUAGUGUAAAUAACUUAUUUCAUUUCAGGAAGCCCAUCACUAUUGCCCAAGCUGCGGUGGAUACAUUGGAAAAUCCUGAACUACUUACUACUUCAUCUGAUCUAUGAUAAUAUGUGUACAUAAUGUUGAUAACAAUAAAUAUUUUAAACUUUGGAUCUUAUUUUUCUUGUUUAAAGCUAAUAUUUUAAUCGUAUUUUACUUUAUUUUUUGAACUUAUUACAUCGUAUAAAAUGUCUCUGCAGUCUGCACAUGCAUAAAUUCUGUUCUGAACUAAAGGGCGCAGCUCAACAAUACGCGAAAAUAAAAAUUGGAAAGAAAAAUGUUAUGAAAAUGAUUCAAGCACGAUAUCUUCUUGUUUUGCUACUGCUUUGCACUACAAUUUGUAGUAAAAAAGCAAAAAAAGAUGUGAGAGACUUUACGGAUGCAGAUUUUGAUCGAUUAUUGGAUGAAUGGGAAGAAAACGACGAUGAACCGUUGGAAGAAGACGAAAAACCAGAUCAUCUGCGGCCAAAACCUGACAUAAACAUUGAGGAGCUGAAGAAAAAGGUAUGGAUUUUAUUUUAAUUUGUGUUUUUUUUUAUUUUUAGGACGGGAAACAUAAUUGAUCUGAUAUUGUACUAGGUGUUCUAUCUUAAAUAUAGAAAAACGCUUGAUUUUCGAAGAAAUUAUCUAAAAUAAUAUUAUAGGCACAAGGACCGGAUGAUCUUCUACGAUUAACAAAAAAGUCUCAGCCGGUUAUGAUGUUUGUGAGUGUGGUGGAAAAUGGCAAAAAGGCAGCUCGGCCGUUCACUGAGAAGAUGUCUGAUAUCUGGCAAUCUCAACUUUAUAACAAUCACAUUGAUCUUCAAGUAAGUUUACAGUUUUUUUUGUUUUUGUUUAGGUUAUUCUAAUAGUAUGAGAAGCUUUUCCAUUUCUUGUUAUGAUAAAGGGCUUGUAUUGAUGUCUACUACAAUAUAAUUUUUUCAGACUUAUGUAAUAGAGGACGAUCGGAUUCUAUUUAUGUUCAAAGAUGGCUCGCGAGCUUGGGAAGGUCGUGAUUUCUUGUUGAAGCACAAAGAGUGUAAAGAAGUCACAUUAGAAGGCAAAACUUCAGAAGGCGCUGGAGCAAAGGUCAAGACGGAACUUUAG